GGCGGGGCGCGCAGGAGGCCAGCGAGAGCCGAGCGCCCUCCCCCAGUCCGCGCGCGCGAGAGCUGAGGAGCCGCCUCGUUGGUCCCGCUCCGGCCGAGCCGCCUCAGAAAUGCUGCGUUUACCAACAGUGCUACGUCAGAUCAGGCCAGUAUCAAGUGCUCUGGCCCCACACCUUACAAGAGCCUAUGCAAAAGAUGUGAAAUUUGGGGCAGAUGCUAGAGCUCUUAUGCUGCAGGGGGUGGAUCUCCUAGCUGAUGCUGUUGCUGUCACCAUGGGACCAAAGGGGAGAACAGUUAUUAUUGAACAGAGUUGGGGAAGCCCCAAGGUAACAAAGGAUGGUGUGACAGUAGCCAAGUCAAUUGACUUGAAGGACAAAUACAAAAACAUCGGAGCCAAGCUAGUUCAAGAUGUUGCCAAUAAUACCAACGAAGAGGCAGGAGAUGGUACUACAACUGCAACGGUACUGGCACGCUCAAUUGCUAAGGAGGGUUUUGAAAAGAUCAGCAAAGGAGCAAAUCCUGUGGAAAUCAGGAGAGGGGUGAUGCUAGCUGUAGAUGCCGUCAUUGCUGAACUGAAGAAAUUGUCCAAACCAGUCACAACACCAGAAGAAAUUGCUCAGGUUGCAACAAUAUCUGCAAAUGGAGAUAAGGAAAUAGGAAACAUAAUUUCUGAUGCUAUGAAAAAAGUUGGACGAAAAGGUGUCAUCACAGUGAAGGAUGGGAAAACACUGAAUGAUGAACUGGAAAUUAUUGAAGGUAUGAAGUUUGAUAGAGGAUACAUCUCUCCUUACUUCAUCAAUACAGCCAAAGGACAGAAGUGUGAAUUCCAAGAUGCUUAUAUUUUGCUCAGUGAAAAGAAGAUAUCCAGUGUUCAGUCCAUUGUACCAGCUCUCGAGAUUGCCAAUAAUCACCGUAAGCCUUUAGUUAUUAUUGCUGAAGAUGUUGAUGGGGAAGCCCUCAGUACCCUCGUGUUAAACAGACUGAAGGUUGGUCUACAAGUUGUUGCAGUAAAAGCACCAGGUUUUGGUGACAAUAGGAAAAAUCAGCUCAAAGAUAUGGCAGUUGCUACUGGUGGUGCAGUGUUUGGCGAGGAAGGCUUGAGCCUAAAUCUAGAAGACAUUCAACCUCAUGACUUCGGUAAAGUUGGAGAAGUCAUUGUGACAAAAGAUGAUUGCUUGCUCCUUAAAGGGAAAGGGGAUAAAGGCUCAGUCGAAAAACGCAUUCAGGAGAUAGUUGAACAGCUGGAAGUUACAACAAGUGAAUAUGAGAAGGAGAAGCUGAAUGAACGUCUGGCUAAACUCUCAGAUGGAGUAGCUGUACUAAAGGUUGGGGGAACGAGUGAUGUUGAGGUGAAUGAAAAGAAGGACAGAGUCACAGAUGCCCUUAAUGCCACACGUGCUGCUGUAGAGGAAGGCAUAGUGCUUGGGGGCGGCUGUGCAUUGCUUCGUUGCAUACCAGCACUCGAUAACUUGACUCCAGUCAAUGACGAUCAGAAGACUGGCAUUGACAUUAUCAAGAGAACACUAAAAAUCCCAGCGAUGACUAUUGCUAAGAAUGCAGGUGUUGAAGGAUCACUGAUCGUUGAGAGAAUCAUGCAGAGCCCAACUGAUAUUGGCUACGAUGCUAUGCUGGGCGACUUUGUAAAUAUGAUAGAGAAAGGGAUCAUUGACCCAACAAAGGUUGUAAGAACAGCUUUGUUGGAUGCAGCAGGUGUUGCUUCCCUUCUGUCUACUGCUGAAGCUGUAGUAACGGAAAUUCCUAAAGAAGAGAAAGAACCGGCUGCCAUGGGAGGCAUGGGGGGCGGCAUGGGAGGAGGCAUGUUCUAAUAUCGGGACACGUGGAUAGGCACAUCAUGAACUAAAACAAAUUGGGACUUGAGAGUUCAAACCUCAGGUCUGUGUGAGGGACAGGGCGGGUAGUGACUACAGAAAGGGGGUAUUCAAAGAAUCAUUGUAACAUCAGUUACUGGAUUUCAGUUGGCCCAUGUAUAAUCGUUUACGGUCAUUGUCCAUGCUUACAGAUAAUUUAUUUUGUACUUUGAAUAAAAACACAUUUGUACAUUCCUGA